CUGGCUCUGGCUCUCUGUGGGGCAAAGGUCACGGCGGUCACACGCACACAGGCUGACCUGGACAGCCUGGUGCAGGAGUGUGCCUCCAUCAGCCCGCUCUGCCUGGACCUGGCGGACUGGGACGCCACAGAGGCCGCCCUGCAGAGCGCCGGCCCCAUCGAUCUGCUGGUCAACAACGCUGCCUGUGCCAGCCUGCAGCCGUUUCUGGAGGUCACACCUGACCAGUUCGACCAAGCUUUCAGUGUGAACGUGAAAGCUGUGCUGCAUGUGUCCCAGAUAGUGGCUCGUGGCAUGAAGGCCAGAGGAGCAGAAGGCUCCAUCGUCAACGUGUCCAGCCAGGCCUCCCAGUGCGCCCUCAGAGACCACACCGUCUACUGUGCCACAAAAGGAGCCCUGGACAUGCUGACGAAGGUCAUGGCCCUGGAGCUGGGACCCCACCAGAUCCGUGUGAACAGUGUGAACCCCACGGUGGUGAUGACGGAGAUGGGCCGCCUGGGCUGGAGUGACCCCAAAAAAGCCCAGGCCAUGACGUCCCGUAUCCCCCUCGGCCACUUUGCAGAGGUGGAGGAUGUGGUGAACAGCAUCUUGUUCCUGCUGAGUGAUAAGAGCAAAAUGACUAAUGGAGUCACACUGCCGGUGGAUGGAGGAUUCCUUGCCUGCUGA